UCUGAAUUAAAAAUAAAGGUUAGAAAAGUGCUCAGUGUGCUCGUAUGCGUUCGCCGCCAUGGAUCGUUCAUGAGCUCCGCGGUGCGUUCGGAUUGGCGGGAGAGUCAGGAGCGACAAGCAACAGCUAUGAAAUCGGACAUGAUCUCGCAGCAGGUGGAGCUGGCGCGGCGCAUGGCGGAGAGGCAGAUGGCGCUCCAGGUGGCGUCGUAAGGGAGCUGAUGCUAUGGUUCGUGCCCUUCGCCAUCACCUCGUACGCCUUCCUGUACCGGGGAUACCGCAAAACCAACAGCUGGGUCGUCAUGUUCCCGCUCAUCCCGGUCACCUUCGGCUUCGCGUACCAAGUGCACUACGCCUACGGCAACAAGACGGCGCAGAUACGAGCCUUGGCCGAAAAGAUCAUGGCAAACGAGGCACACAUGAUGGCGGUUCCCGAAUGGCAGUCUACAGCCCAGUUCCCACCAAAUCCUAGCGACCCAUCUCCGCCUCCGGCCCUGCAAGCACACGCAAGCAAUCAGACAGCUACGAGCGGUUCCUCUAUAAAGGAAACCGCUGACGUUAACGCAUUCCAUUAUCCUAAUACGAGAUCGGCGUAAUGUUCUUGUUUCUUGUCUUCUUUUCCUGGUCAAGACUGUUUCUUCGUGAAGUCUGUUACAUUCCAUAGUCAUUUUCAUUGUCUAUACACUAAACAAUACUUAUAAAUGGAGAGUGAGUGUGUGUGAGUGUGCGUGUGCGAAUGGAUAUGAAGUUCAAUAUUAGUCACGUUUCACAGACGACU